UGAAAACUCUUUUUUUUUUACAGCGUGCCUAUAAACAGAGAUUAAUUUCAAAAAGAUUUAUCAUCAUAAAAGUAAACAUUAACUGGAUCUUCCCAACAUGUUCUAUUAUUGAUUUCAAUUGAAAUUCACCAGUCUGCUUCCUCACAAAAUCUUGCAAGAGUAAAUACCUAAAAAGCACCUGAAAGGUUUAUUCCCUUUUAGGUUAGCAGACAUUGAAGUUAUUUGAGUUGUAUAAUCACAAAGGUGAUGACACAAAGGUAUUACCUAAGAGCGACAUUCUCCAUAAAUGGCAAGUAACUUAGGGCUGGACUAGUAUAUAUGCAGGCAGACGCCUUAACGAACUCAUGCAGCUUAUUCAGAUACAAAUCGAUUGCAUUGAAAUUCAGAGUUUGACAGAAGAGAAAAUCAUGUCUUUUUGUAAAUUUCCUUUCACAGCUUACAAGAGAAUGAAGAACAGGGCGUUGAUAGUGUCUGUGGAGAACUUCUAUUCAGGUGCAGGUCUGAGCAAGAGGAACGGGGUGAAGAGAGACACUAGAAGACUUCACAAAAUCCUCACCAAGCUCGGCUUCUCUGUGGACAUCAGAAUGGACAUCGAAGCUAAUGAGAUCUAUGAAGCAUUUAAAGCAGAGAGCAAGAAGAUGGUCAAAGACUGUUUUGUGGGUGUCAUAUCCAGUCACGGUGAGGAGGGUGUUGUGUUUGGCGCUGAUGGACGUGCUGUGAAACUGGCAGAGAUCUACAGUUACUUUGGAGGCCCGUCAAUGGCAGACAAGAGCAAACUCUUCCUCAUCCAGGCUUGUCGAGGGCAUGAGUUGGAUGGAGGUGCGGAGGUGGAGGCAGAUUCUUCAUUCUCAGAGGAAGAGGACGGCAUGUCUGAGCUCUUUUCCAUUCCUAUUGACACAGCAGUCAUGUACGCCACAUCUCCAGGUUACGCUGCAUUCAUGCAUCCUCUGGGCUCGGUGUUGAUUCAAACCCUCUGUGAUUUGCUAGAAAAGGAAGGAGGUCCAGAGCUGGAGAUCCAAAGACUUCUGACUCGACUAAACUACCAGGUGGCCUACAACUUUGAAUCCAGAGGGAAAGUGUUGGGCGGCAAAAAGCAGAUGCCAUGUUUUGUGACCCGCUUUACCAGAGAGGUUUUCCCAUUCAUGGACAGUCAGACGGCAGCAGCAGCAGAUUUGAGCUUGACCUUUGCAGCAACGCAGCUUAUCGAUGAACCCAGAAGGUCACGGAAGAGCUCCAUCAGCUGAAGAUCGCAGAACAGAGACUGACUGCAAAGAAC